UACACUAAUGGGGAGAAAAACUAGCUUUUUAUCACGACAGGUGGCGCAAAAUCGACUGUACCUUUUAUGGCAGUAUCAGCUGUCAAAUCGUAUGGGUUUUUGCAAUUAUUUCAGCUUAGUUCUGCUAUUUUACUUUAAAAUGCCUCAAUGUAGUGCGUUAAACUGCAAAAACAGAGGAGUACAUUUAUUUCCUAAGGAAAGUAAGCGCAGAAAACAAUGGGAAUCGGCGUUACGUAUUAUAAACUUUAAGGCAAGUAAUACUGCACGAUUGUGUGCUGCACAUUUCACAGAAGAGGAUUAUUAUGGCAAAAGCAAAUAUACAGGUAAUGAACCACUCGCCAAAUUUCUUAAAAAGACUGCUGUUCCAUCGGUUUUCUGCUUUACUAAGGUAAAACCAGAAAAUCCAGCUGCCCUUGAACGACAGCAUCGUUUUGAGAGAAGAUGUAUAAAGAAACUAUUUCAAGAAUCACAUACUAGUGUCACUAUAGAAACUGAAAGAGACCUUACACUGGCAAUAGGUCGUGAAGAAGAAGUGAACAAUGAAACCACUUCAGCAGCAUGUUCACAUAGUGCACCUGAAUUUGAUACAAAAACUACUCAAGUUGACCAUGAACACACAUAUGGGUCUAUUAAUAGGAAUAAGAAUAAUGAUACCUUUAUUAAGUUUUACACAGGAUUUGAAUCAUAUAAAAAAUUUCAGUUAGUGUACUCAACUCUGAGCCCAAUGGUUCACAAAAUUAGGUAUUAUGGCAGCUCUGUGAUAAAUCUGAGUGCAGAAGAUCAGUUUUUUUUAACAUUGAUGAAAUUAAGACAAAACAAAUGUAAUUUUGAACUUAGUAUGUUUUUUAAUGUCAGUCAAAGUACUGUAUCAAAUAUUUUUAUCACAUGGGUAAACUUUAUUUAUCAAUUGUGGAUAAAAUUAGAUAUUUGGCCCAGAAAAGAAUUAGUCCAAUAUUAUAUGCCCAGAAGUUUCAAAAAUUAUGAUUCAACUCUCAGAGUAAUAUUAGAUGGAACCGAAAUAAAAGUUCAAAAACCAAAGAACCCAAAGUCUCAGCAAGCAUCUUGGAGUAGCUACAAACAUGCAAACACAUUGAAAAUAUUAGUUGGGGCAACACCCGGUGGGCUUCUAUCAUAUUGCUCCCAAGCUUAUGCAGGAUCAAUAAGUGACCGGCAGGCAGUGGAACGAAGCGAACUUCUUAAAAAAUGCGAAAGCGGCGAUAGUAUAUUGGCUGACAGAGGUUUCACUAUACAGGACAUGUUUGCAGACAAAAAUGUGUCUGUUAAGAUUCCAACAUUUUUGAAAGGAAAAUCUCAGUUGCCUGGCCUGACAGUAAUAAAAGAUAGAGAACUGGCAAAUAAAAGGGUUCAUAUAGAAAGAAUUAUAGGGUUAACAAAAACAUACAAAAUUUUAAAAAAUGAACUAGACCAUAGCUAUGUUCCAAUAGCAAGUAAAAUCUUUUUUAUAUGUUUUAUGUGCUGUAAUUUUAGGGAAAGUAUUAUGAAUAAUAUUAAAUAAAAUUCUACAUUUGGA